AUGGCCGGUCUGUACAAGCCCGAACUCCUCGCCCCCUACCUCACUCUCGACCAGGGUGACAGUAUCCAGGCUGAGUAUGUUUGGAUCGAUGGCGAUGGUGGCCUUCGUUCCAAGACCAUGACGGUCUUGAAAGAGGUCAAGAGCAUUGACGACCUCCGCAUUUGGGACUUUGACGGCUCGUCUACGAACCAAGCCCCAGGCCAUGACUCUGAUGUCCAUCUCCGCCCUGCUGCCAUUUUCAAGGAUCCGUUCCGUGGUGGCAAGAACAUUCUCGUUCUCGCUGAGACCUACAACAAUGACGGUACUCCUAACCGAACCAACUACCGCCAUCACGCGAAGAAGAUCAUGGACCUCGCCAAGGACGAGCACCCAUGGUUCGGUCUCGAGCAGGAAUACACUCUCUUUGAUGUCGAUGGCUCUCCUUACGGGUGGCCCAAGGGUGGUUUCCCCGGUCCUCAGGGCCCAUACUACUGCGGUGUCGGAACCGGGAAGGUCUUUGCCCGUGACUUGAUCGAGGCUCACUACCGCGCCUGCUUGUACGCUGGCAUCAAAAUCUCCGGUAUCAACGCAGAGGUCAUGCCUUCCCAGUGGGAGUUCCAGGUCGGCCCUUGCGAGGGUAUUGAGAUGGGUGACCAUCUCUGGAUGGCCCGUUUCCUCCUCGUCCGUAUUGCCGAGGAGUGGGGUAUCAAGGUCUCCUUCCACCCCAAGCCCCUCAAGGGUGACUGGAACGGUGCUGGAUGCCACAGCAAUUACUCUACCCUUGCCAUGCGUGAGAAGGGCGGCAUCAAGGCUAUCGAGGCUGCCAUCGAGAAGCUUGGCAAGCGUCAUGAGGACCACAUUGCUGUCUAUGGCGAGGACAACGACUUGCGCUUGACUGGUCGUCAUGAGACUGGCCACAUUUCUUCGUUCUCUUCUGGUGUUGCCAACCGUGGCGCAUCUAUUCGUAUUCCACGACAUGUUGCUGCCCAGGGCUUCGGUUACCUCGAGGACCGUCGCCCCGCUUCCAACGUCGAUCCUUACCGUGUUACCGGUAUCAUUGUUGAGACCACUUGCCUGCAGUAG